AUGCAGUGGGGCGGCCUCUACUUUGUGUGUCUAGCGUUAUGCUGCCUCCAUUCUGCAUCAGAACCACUGCGUAUUCCCGAGGAUUACCACACAAACGGUAUCCGAAGGCGUCGAAGCGAUGAAAAGGACGGGCUCGCCCUGUCCAGGGAGAUAUUCAGGAAUAUUACCAAGAAACUUCGGGAAAAUAUCAAACGGGAAGGCGCUACCGACGUGAACGAUCAUUUGUUACAGAACAAGGUCGAGGAACCCCGACACUAUCCCGCUCCAUAUCAAGAAUAUCAUCACUAUGAGCGUCACUGGGGUCCAUACUUUGAGGAGAGAAAUAUCACACAAGUUACAGCCCACGUGGGCUCCGAAGCUCUACUGCACUGUCGUGUUGUGAUGCUUAAAGAUAAAACUGUCAUGUGGCUCAGGAACACGACGGACACCGCUCAACUUCUGACCGUCGGACCGGCUCCGUACGCCGGAGAUAACCGCGUGGCUGUGAAAUUUCAAUACCCAAAUAACUGGAGGCUUAGCAUCAAUCCAGUAAAGUGGUCUGACGCUGGAUUGUAUAUGUGCCAAAUAUCUACACACCCUCCAAGAACCAUAUAUGCUAAUUUCUCUGUACUUCCCCCCGUAUUAACAAUAAAUGGCGAUAAAACACACGACGUAAAAGAUAGAUUCUAUAAAGCUGGGAGUUCCAUAAAGCUUUCCUGCGUAAUAUCAGAGGACUACAUUUCAUCGCUGCCCACUAAACCUCCAAUGACUGCUAAAACGUUUCCUACGACCACUACUCCUUUAACGACCACGACAGAGUCGACCACUAAAAUGAGUACAAUAUUCAAUAGAAUAGAUUUAAUGUUAAAUAAAAGUUGGAGUGUAGAAACUACGACUAUCACAUCAACAGUUAGUAUAAGUACAACUACAAAGAGCACGGAAUGGAAAAGUAGUGAACCGACCACUGUUAAACCAGUUACUAAAGCUGUACUUAACAACGUUUACGGACUGUCUUGGAAAAAACAAGGAGUAGAUUUUAACGAAUCUAUCUCGUGGCGUAACAUGAGCGCCACAAUCAGUGUCAGCUCGGCGUCGCAAAAUGACAGCGGCACUUACACGUGCCAUUUGCGAAAUCAUUCACAAGUGAUUGUAAACGUACAUGUCCUUAUAGGUGAAAAUCAAGCUGCAGUUCACCACGACACUUGGAAUAAGGGAUCCAUAUUCUUAAAGGCCCAUAACUUACAUUUACUUAUCUUCAUUAUAUCGCUGUUAUUAUUUAUA